GAGCGCAGCACACAGCGGUCACUCCGAGCCGUACGGGAUACGCAGAGCCAUGGGAGUCUUCCUCAUCCUGAGUUCCUUCCUCUCCGUCCUCCUCAUCCUCCUCUUUGUCAACUCCUUCUGGAAGCAGCAAAAAAGAUCCCGCUCCCUGCCCCCGGGGCCGCCCCCGCUGCCCCUGCUGGGGAACCCCAUUUAUGUGACGAGGGCUGCGGCCUGCAAAUACUACCCCGAGCUCAGUAAGAAAUAUGGCCCCGUUUUCACCAUUUGGAAGAUGACGGAGCCCAUUGUGGUUCUCUGUGGUUACGAGGUGGUGAAGGACGCCCUUGUGAAUCACAGCGAGGAAUUCAGCGGCCGCCCAGUGCGACCAACAGUAGAGCAUUACACCAAAGGAUACAGUUUUAUGAGUGGGAGUGGGUACUGGCGCCCAUUCAGACGCUUCCUUCUGACCUCACUGAGGAAUUUCGGGAUGGGGAAGAGGAUAAUGGAGGAGAUAGUCCAGGAGGAGGCUGAGCAGCUGAUCUCUGCAAUGUCUUUAACUAAAGGAAAAGCCUUCAACUCCAUCGGACUCCUCGGAUCUGCAGUAAAUAACAUUGUGAGCUCGAUCCUGUUUGGGGAGAGGUUUGAAUACCACGACCGGAGACUAAAGGAACUUAUACUGGCUGCAAGAAGACAUGCUAAUAGCGUGCUGUCCCUAUUUCAUCAGGUCUGUAACUCGUUUCCAAUUCUGAUGAAGCUUCCGGUCAUCAGGAAGAAGUUAUACAAAGACACGUUCGACAUACUUGACUUUGUCAGAAAAGAAAUUAAUCACCACCGGGAAAAAGUGGACCUGACGGCCCCCAGGGAUCUAAUCGAUAGCUUCCUUGCAAAAAUAAAAGAGGAAGAAGGAAACCCCAAGACCCCCUUCAAUGAGACCAGCAUCCUAACAUUGUCUGGUAGCCUCUUUGCAGCUGCUACCGAGACCACGUCCAGUACCUUGAAGUUCUGCCUAUCUCUUAUGACCCAUUAUCCCGAUAUCCAAGAAAAGGUCCAGAGAGAGAUUGAUGAGGUCAUCGGUCCCCAGCGUCUUCCUGGGAUCAUGGAUAGAGCCCAGCUGCCGUACACCAACGCCGUGAUCCACGAGUGUCAGCGGGUGCUGGAUCUGGCACCAAUUGGUCUUUACCGCGCAACCACAACAGACACUCAGUUUAGAGGGUUCACCCUCCCCAAGGGGACCACAAUCAUCCCGUUCCUCUCGUCAGUGCUGUCUGAUCCCACCCAGUGGGAGACCCCUGAGGAUUUCAACCCAGGGCAAUUCCUGGAUAGCAAGGGGCAGUUCCAGGCAAAUCCGGCUUUCAUGGCGUUCUCUGCAGGGAAGCGCGCAUGUCUCGGGGAGCCCUUGGCUCGGCUGGAGCUCUUCCUUUUCUUCACUACUCUGCUCCAGAGAUUCACCUUCCGCCUGCCCCCGGGUUCUGAGACCCAAGACUGGAAAUCUCUGAAAAGCCAAAAAGCAGCGCUCAUUGGGACCUCCGAGUUCUGUGCCGUCCCUCGCUCGGUGGUCUCGAAAUGACCUCGUCCACCAGAGACCGCCGUCACCCAAAGAUCUCAGCCAGAUAAUUACAAAGGCUGGAUAAGCUUAAUGGGAGUUAUAAUCCAUGGGAGAAGGCAUCCUCUGAUACUCUUGCCGUUUUGGAAUACAAAUGACAUUUUACCCAGCUGACCUCUGGGUGUGGAUGAUAGAAGUUGUAGUCCAAAGCAGCUGAUGUAGCCAGGACUGGUCUCUUUUCCCUCAUCUGGCUCUAAUUACCAGAAUAUGGACCCUAGCCCUGCAUCAAACAUACGAUCCCAAAAUAAUAACAAUGAAAUAACAGUAAAAUGCUACAAUCUGCAGUA